GGCCUACUGCUUGAUAACUUUCUUUUCUAGUCAUUUCUGUUGCACUCUGAAGACAUUAGAAAGUAGGUUUCCAUACGGACAGUCAAAACUAUUUUAGAAUGAUGACGAAUGUAUUGCUCGUCACAAUAUGUGCUGUUAUGAGCGUUAAGGUUGGAUGGGCUGACCCAGAAAUGAGCAAUGAAACUGACAUUCGCUUGCUGACCAGCGCCGUGUCCGCGUUUUCUCGGGACGUGUACAGGACACUUCACCGCAGGGCUUUGAAUUUUGUGUUCAGUCCAUUCACUGCCCACUCUGCACUGUCCAUGACGUAUAUGGGAGCCAUGCACGACACUAUGCGCCACUUGAGAGACGGUCUCUGGUUGAGGGAUCUACCAUCACCACACAUGGCUUACCAUGACCUGAUUCAUGACGUCACUCAGGUCGAGGAUAUGCAGUUCCUGGUGGCUAAUGGCAUGUGGGUGAACCCAAAGUUUGAACUCCAUCAGAAGUACAAGGAAGAUCUAGCAACUCUGUAUAAUGCUGCCUCCGGAACCAUCGACCUUAAUGCAACUCUCGUUACGGAGGCUGCCAUCAAUGAAUGGGUCGCCAAUCAAACCAUGAAUAAAAUCACAUCUUUUCUGCCCCCACCAAAAAUCGAUAGCUCAACUCUUCUGCUGUUAAUUGAUGCAUUGUAUGUGAAUGGAACCUGGAUGUCUAAAUUCAAUCCAAGUGAAACCAGCAAAGACACUUUCCAACUGGCCACUGGAGGUCUCGUUGAAACUGACUUCAUGAACCAGACCUCUUACUUCGAGGUCAAAAGAUCUGUUGUAAUGGAUGUCGACGUGAUACGAAUUCCUUUUCAGAACAAGAGAUUCGCAUUCUACGUCGCACUGCCAAAAUCUCGCUCAGGACUCAGUGAUUUUGAGGAUGUCUUCUCGAAUCCGAACUUUGACGUCAACAUUCUCUUUAAGGAAAUGAAGCCAGAGAAAAUUCACCUGAAACUUCCCAAGUUUAAACUCGUUGCUAACAUUAAUUUAAACAUUACUCUCAGAUUUUUGAUCAUGUCAAUCGUUUUUGAUGAGAUUGCAAAUUUCGCUGGGAUCUCAGAUCAGCAAGUCCGUGUCUCUGAUGUCGUCCAGAAAGCGGUUAUUGAGAUCAACGAGCUUGGAGUAACCGCAGCAUCGGCAACUGCAGUGAAAUUUGUACCAACCUCAACCUGGGAAGAAGAUGAACCAACAGAUUUUAUUGCAGGUCACCCUUUUAUGUUUUUCCUUCGUGACGACAACAAUGAGCUGAUUCUCUUUCAUGGAAGAUUUUCCGACCCAAAUAUUACAGAGAUAAUUAUUGAGUAACGAUCGAUCUAAUUCUGUUUAAAAAUAAACAAAACUGCAAAUUGUUGGAAUUAUUUCUUUUUUUAUUAAAAUGUUAACAAGCGAAAUAAAUUUCUUAUAGCUUA